AAUAUUGCCAAACAUGUCUUCUUUGAAGGCCUAUGGGAAAGUUGACGAAGCUGAGCAAGCGAGACUCGACGCUCGUCGAAGAACCCGAAAGAGAAUCACCAUCAUAAGCAUAUCUUCAAUAUUGCUUGUCACCACUGUGGUGGCAGCCGUGGUAGGAACUCGGGCUUCUAGUGGGAAUUCAGAAAAUGGUGGCGAUCAAGCUAAAUACCUUUCUGCAUCAGUUAAGGCAGUGUGUGAUGUUACAUUGUAUAAAGAUUCUUGUUACAGCAGUCUUGCUCCUCUGGCUAAAUCUAACCAGCUUCAUCCUGAAGAGCUCUUCUCGUUGUCAAUUCAAGUAGCCAUGAAUGAGCUAUCGAAAGCCUCUCAAUAUUUCUCUACCAAGAGUGGUUCGCUUUUCGGUGGUGUCACAGAUAGUAUGACCAUUGCAGCCCUUAAAGACUGCAAUGAUCUUCUGGGUUUGGCGAUGGACCAUUUAAAUAGCUCAUUGUCCUCGGCUGGUGAUGUCUCUAUGCUCGAUGCUGUGGAUGAUCUCAGAAGUUGGCUAAGUGCUGCUGGUUCUUCUCAACAGACAUGCAUUGAUGGGUUAGGGGAGACAAAUUUAAAGAAUUAUGCUCAGAAUUAUCUCAAAACUACUUCUGAAUUAACUAGCAAUAGCCUGGCCAUUAUCACAUGGAUUUACAAGGCUGCAAGCUCAGUGAAGAUGAGACGUUUAAUGAACUAUGGCGAACAAGAAAAGGUGGAGAUGCCCAAGUGGCUGCAUCAAAGAGAUCGUCAACUACUUCAAACUAAAGAUUUGAAAAAGAUGGCAGACGUUAUUGUUGCUCAAGAUGGAUCUGGAAAGUACAAAAGAAUCGGCGAUGCCCUUAAAUCUGUUCCAAAUAAAAGCAAGAAGAGGUUCGUCAUCUAUGUGAAGAAAGGAAUUUAUAAUGAAAAUGUUCGUGUUGAGAAAUCAAAAUGGAACGUCAUGAUUAUCGGUGACGGAAUGGAUGCAACGACAGUGUCUGGAAGCCUCAACUUUGUGGACGGGACUCCCACGUUCUCAUCUGCAACUUUUGCUGUGUUUGGCAAGGGCUUCAUUGCCAGAGAUAUGGGCUUCCAGAACACGGCCGGUGCCAAUAAGCAUCAAGCGGUGGCAUUGAUGUCAAAUGGAGACCAUUCAGUCUUUUAUCAGUGCAGCUUCAACGCUUUUCAGGAUACUCUCUACGCACAUUCCAACCGUCAAUUCUAUCGAGAAUGCAACAUAUACGGAACCGUCGAUUUCAUCUUCGGAAAUUCAGCCGUUGUGAUUCAAAACUGCAAAAUACUUCCCCGGAAACCUAUGCUCGGACAACAGAACACCAUCACAGCCCAAGGAAGAUUUGAUCCGAAUCAAAAUACUGGGAUUUCAAUCCAAAAUUGCACCAUACAACCAUUCGGAAACUUGACUACAACCAAAACUUUCCUGGGACGACCUUGGAAAAAUUACUCAACCACUGUAUAUAUGAACUCCAUGAUGGGAAGCUUGAUCGAUCCCAGUGGAUGGCUGCCGUGGACUGGGAAUACCGCACCUCCUACCAUAUUUUACGCAGAAUAUCAGAAUCUUGGACCUGGUGCUUCAACGAAGAAUAGAGUCAAAUGGAAGGGCUUGAAAAGUAUUACCAAGAAACUGGCUAGCCAAUUUACUGUCAAGGCGUUCCUCAAGGGGGACACGUGGAUCCCACAAACGGGCAUUAGCUAUAAUUCUGGUUUAUGAUCCAUGCUUUUGGCGGAGAUAUAUGUUACACUAAGUUUUUUAUUUUUCAAUAUUUUUCUUCUUCCUUGGUUUUUUCGUUUUGCUUUUGUUGACUGUAAACAAAUUUUAUUUCAUCUCUUUA